CAUGCAACUUGAAGUUGGAGAGUUCCCCACUUCUCUCGGCUGCUAAGCCUUGAACCCCACCCAUCCGGCAGGCAGGGGGAGCUUAUGCCCCGCGCCAGCAAUUGCGAUCGAUGUCAUUGUCCAUAUGCAUCAACUGUUGUCUCCUCGAUUGACCAAAGAGACGGACAAUUGAGCUGUCCUCCCGAGUUUCUGCUGUACGGGUUAACACCGCGGAGCGACUCGCGACACCAGUCAUGGCUUCUAUCAAUGAUCUAGCAACAGCCGCAUCGGCUGUAUCAGCCCUCAAUCCUUCGACAACACCUUCGCAACCGCCAUUGUCGGGUACCGACGAGGCCGAUGCGCCUUCAGCGGUGCGAGGAGCGUUGGUAGUCCUCGAGGGCCUAGACAGAAGCGGCAAAACAACCCAAGUCAAGCUCCUGGAACAGCGCUUUGUCGAGCUGGGCCGCAAGGUCAAGGUGAUGCGAUUCCCCGACCGUACGACACCAAUUGGGCAGAUGAUCGACAGCUAUCUCAAAAGCCAGGUCGACAUGGACGAUCACGUCAUCCACCUGCUCUUCAGCGCGAACCGUUGGGAGGCAGCUAAAACCAUAACAUCCCUCCUCCACUCCGGCACCACCGUGCUCUGCGACCGAUACUACUACAGCGGCAUCGUCUACUCAGCAGCGAAACAAAACCCGACUCUAACCCUCUCCUGGGCUCGCGCCCCGGAGUUGGGCCUGCCGCGACCCGACCUCGUGAUCUUCCUCGACCUCGACGAAUCGCAGGCGCGGGCGCGCGGGGGAUGGGGCGGCGAGGUGUACGAGAAGGGCGCGAUGCAACGGCGGGUGCGCGAGCUGUUUUGGGGGCUGAGCAUGGGCAGGAUCGGCACCGCGACUGUUGCUGCUGCUGAUGCGGCCUCGGAACCCACCGGCGAGGAAGUAGCACUGGGCCCGCCGACGGCUCAGGGGUUAUGGGGGACGGAAUACAGGUUUAGGCAGGAAGAGGAGGAUCUGCAUGUUAUUGAUGCGGGUCCGUCGGUGGAGGAGGUUGCGGAGGAGGUGUGGGAGGUCGUGGAGGCGAGGGUUAAAGCUGUUGAGAAUGGAGAGGUUGGCAGGCAGGUAAGGAGGGUCUCGUGAAGAAGCCUGCGUGAACAUCAUCUGUACUGUACUAUGAGAUGGCCCGGGGCGGGAAAGAUAGGGGCAACGGUGAGAAGGAUAGGUAGAAAUAGGCUGCCGCGGUUGAAGCUGACCGCAAACAAACACUUGUUGAGUACUACGACUGGGUAUCCCAAACACAGGGUUGUGUUACCGACCCGCAGUACUCGGACUAGCUUAGCCAAGGUUUGAACCAGGACGAUAGAAUGCUGAUGCCGUGUUGAAUGAUCAAAA